GCGUGGCACGUCCGAAAACGCACGAAAAUUCCCGAUUCAAUAGAACUGACGCAUCAAAGCGCCAGUCGCACGUCGGACGUCGCUCCGUUUGCAUCGUAGUAAUUGUCCUGUCCUUGGAGUGUAGACCAAUAUGGAGAAUCAGCAGGUGUGGGUGCGAGACCCUCAAGAGGGUUUCAUAAUCGGCAAGUUCAUGGACAUGGUUGACGGGGAUGCGUUAAUCGUGCCGCUGGAUCCGAAAUAUCCCCAACGCACCUGUCCGCUGGACGAAGUUUACCCUGCUGGGGAAUACACCAAAGACGUUGAAGACAAUUGCGCUCUGAUGUACCUGAACGAGGCCACGUUACUGAACAACGUACGGACUCGUUACUUCAAGGAUAGGAUAUAUACAUAUGUUGCCAACAUCUUAAUCGCUUUAAAUCCAUACUGUGAGAUCAAAGAUCUUUAUUCUCCUGAAACGAUCAAGGCUUAUAAGGGGAAGUCUUUGGGUGAGACGCCGCCUCAUGUUUUUGCUAUUGCUGAUAAAGCGUUUAGAGAUAUGAAAGUACUGAAGCAAUCGCAAAGUAUCAUCGUUUCUGGCGAAUCGGGAGCGGGCAAGACUGAAUCUACCAAGUAUCUGCUUCGAUAUCUAUGUGACCUAUGGGGAUCGACGGCUGGCCCGAUCGAACAGAAGAUCUUAGACGCAAAUCCGGUGUUGGAAGCCUUUGGUAACGCGAAGACUAAACGAAACAACAAUAGUUCUCGUUUUGGCAAAUUCAUGGAGGUUCAUUUCGAUUCGAAAUGCCAAGUAGUCGGCGGUUACAUUUCCCAUUAUCUCUUGGAAAAGUCGAGGGUAUGCCUUCAGAGCCCCGACGAGAGGAACUAUCAUGUUUUCUACAUGAUGUGUGCUGGAGCUCCUCCGGAACUUCGUGCGAAACUUGGUAUUACGAAACCGGACGAUUUCCAGUACCUAAAGAAUGGUUGUACGCAAUACUUUUGCAACGAGGAGUCAGAGAAGAAGUUGAACGAUGCUCAAAAGAGCCGUGAUCAAAGCAUGAAAGGUAGCUUGCACGAUCCGAUUUUGGAUGACGUUGAAGGAUUCACUGCCAUCGAUCAAGCUUUGACACGACUCGGUUUGACUGAGGCUGAAAGAAUGGAAAUUUAUACGAUGGUUGCUGCGGUACUCCAUCUUGGAAAUAUCAUGUUCGAGGACAAUCCUGAAGAUACGAAAGGUGGUUCUAGGAUAUGCGCUAGUUCCGAGAAAGCGGUGUCAAUGAGCGCGAAGUUGUUGGCUGUCGAUCCCGAGGAACUCAGGCAAGCUUUAAUCUCGAAAGUGAUGCAAACUAGUCGCGGCGGUAUCAAGGGGACAGUUAUUAUGAUACCACUGAAAGUUUACGAAGCCAAUAAUGCCAGAGACGCUCUGGCUAAAGCCAUUUACAGUAAAUUAUUUGAUCAUAUCGUAGCACGUAUCAAUAAGAGUAUCCCUUUUAAAGCUUCGAGUUAUUACAUUGGAGUUUUGGAUAUUGCAGGAUUUGAAUACUUCAAAGUCAAUAGUUUCGAGCAAUUUUGUAUAAAUUAUUGCAAUGAAAAGCUGCAGCAGUUCUUUAACGAGAGAAUUUUAAAAUACGAGCAAGAUCUUUAUGCAAAGGAAUCCCUUGAUGUGCCGAAAAUAUCUUAUGUGGACAAUCAAGACUGCAUCGAUUUAAUCGAGUCGAGAAACAUGGGAAUUUUCAGUCUCUUAGACGAAGAAUCAAAAUUACCAACUCACAGUUUCGCACAUUUCACCAGCGAAGUCCAUCGUGUUUGGAAUGGUCAUUUCAGAAUAACUCUGCCGCGUACCUCUCGUUUGAAAGCGCAUAGAGAGUUGCGUGACGACGAAGGAUUUGUAAUACGUCAUUAUGCUGGUGGUGUUUGUUAUCAAACGAAUCAAUUUAUCGAGAAGAACAACGACGCUCUGCACGCAUCCUUGGAAGCAUUAAUUCAAGAAAGUAACAAUAAAUUUCUUAGGACGCAAUUCGCCAAUAAUUCUUGUCAGAAAGGAAAGCUUACUUUCAUCAGUGUUGGCAGUAAAUUUAAAACGCAACUUGGAGAAUUGAUGGACAAACUAAAAAGCAAUGGAACGAAUUUCAUUCGUUGCAUAAAACCCAAUAACGAGAUGGUAGAUCAUCAGUUCGACGGAAAUAGCAUUUUGGGACAGCUUCGCUGCUCUGGAAUGAUGUCUGUUUUAGAACUCAUGGAACAUGGUUAUCCCAGCAGAGUUCCGUUCCAGGAAUUAUACAACAUGUACAAAUCUUAUCUUCCGCCGGAAUUGGCCAAACUGGAUCCCAGAUUUUUUUGCGAAGCGUUGCUUCACAGCUUAAAAUUAAAUAAGAAGGACUUUAAGUUUGGUAUUACGAGGGUGUUCUUCAAACCUGGAAAAUUUGCCGAAUUCGAUAAGAUCAUGAAGUCGGAUCCUGAGAACCUGAGGAAGUUGGUAGCUAAUGUGAAGAAGUGGUUACUUAGGUCUCGAUGGAACAAGAUGCAGUUUUGCGCGUUAUCUGUGAUCAAGUUGAAGAAUAAGAUUAUUUAUCGAAGGCAGCAUUUAAUUAUCUUGCAAAAGACAGCAAGGAUGUAUAUAACGAAGAAGCAACAUCGUCCCCGAAUAAAAGGGAUCAUGAAAAUUAAGAAUCUGAGCACGCAGUUAGUCGGUAUGAAGGAAACCUCCAAGCAAUUGAAGAAUCGUGAACAAUCUAUCAACGAUGUCAAAAGACUGCAGAAUGACUUAGAAGCGGCAAUUGAGAAAAUAAAAAUGACCGAGAGAAUAAAACCGGUGGAGAUCGAUUCUUUGUAUACGAACAUGGUGAAUCAGAUGAACAAGCAAAUGGCGUCGUUGCAAGAUAUGGUUAGACAACAGAAGAUUGCUGAGGAACAAGCACGAUUGAGGAAGAUUCAACAAGAACUAGAACUCGAAAAGCAGAAAAAGGAAGAAGAAGAACGAAAAAAGAGAGAAGAAGAAGAAAAUAGAAGAAAGAAACACGAUAUCGAGACGAGAAGGAAGGCAGAAGAGGAACAGAAAAAAAGGCAAGAAGAAGAAGAUAAAAAGACUGCUAAAAUUUUUGAGGCUCAGUUAGAGAAAGAAGCAAUGGAAGAAAGUAAAUAUCGUGAAUUAUUGGAACAAGAAAGAAGAGAUCACGAAUUGGCAGUCAGAUUAGCUCAAGAAUCAAAUGGCCAAGUUGAAGAUUCUCCACCACCUGUACGAAGCGGUUCCGGUGUACGAGUACCAUCAAACAACAACCGACUAGCAAGAUCGGAGCAGGUGCGUAACAAUCAAGUAGCUAUGGCUAAUAAAAAGUAUGACUUGUCCAAGUGGAAGUAUUCAGAAUUACGUGACGCAAUAAACACAUCCUGUGAUAUCGAAUUGUUAGAGGCCUGUCGUCAUGAGUUUCAUCGAAGAUUAAAAGUCUAUCAUGCGUGGAAAGCAAGAAAUCGUAGGCGAACAACCAUGGAUGAAAACGAAAGGGCACCAAAGUCUAUUAUGGAAGCCGCUGCGAAAACCUCGAGGUCUCAUCUGAAACAGCCCAUAGUUGAGUCGUCGCAACGAUAUUUCAGAAUUCCCUUCGUUCGACCAACUGCAUCGGGUCAACAAGAUAAUUCCAAUGCGUCUUGUAAACGGGGAUGGUGGUACGCUCAUUUCGAUGGUCAAUACGUUGCCAGACAGAUGGAACUUCAUCCUGACAAGGCACCAAUUCUGUUGGUGGCAGGUAUUGAUGAUAUGCAAAUGUGCGAGUUAAGCCUAGAUGAGACUGGGUUAACAAGAAAACGUGGUGCCGAGGUUCUCGAACACGAAUUUAAUCGUGAAUGGGAGAAACACGGCGGCAAACCAUAUGUUCCACCUUGCGAUCGUAGGAAAUGAGACCAUUUCCGACAGGCGAGAAUAAUUUUAAUAUCGAUUAUUAAUUAGAUUAUAAAUUAUCAAUUAGAUUAUACAUUUUUGUAUCAAUCUACUUUAAAGGUGAACCCAUAGCACAGUGUUUUAAAAUUUGUGUGCCUUUCUUAUUACGUGACGAUACUGUCAUUAAUUAUAAAAUUUUUCAUAAUAAAAUUAUAGAAAAUUAUAGAUAAUUAUUAAUAAUAGAAAAAUAAUUGGAUCUGUGACAGAUCUAUAGAUUGGCGGGCCUGUAAUGCAUAUACAGAUGUCUGAUGUCUGGUGCAAUGUAUAUAUAUGCGCAUCGGAACAGAUCUUGUAAUGUGAUAAAUCCAAUUACUCGAUAUUCGAGAUCAAUGUAAAAUUAUGUUGAAAACUUAUGUGAUUAAAAGCGUGUUGAUUCGUCUAACAAAAUAAAUGUAUGGCAUCAAGAUUUAUCAAAAAGUAAAGAACUUUUGCAAUGGGAAAAGUAUCAUGGUUCCUUUGAGUAAUAUAAUGCAUCGUUAAAAAGACUCUCUUUGUUUAUGUAUAAAUAAUUUUACUUAUUUACAAUGUAUUAUUGCACAUUUAACGCGAAUUGUAUGUACGUUUUUUAGUAGAUAUGAAAAAAACUUAAUAAACAAUAUGUAUCAA